AUGAAGUUCUCCCUCGUCGCAUUUACUACCUUGAUGGCUCUUGCUGCCGCCACCCCCACUGGCUCUUCUGGUAGCUCACCAUGCAAUGACUGGUGCAAGGCCCAGCCUGACCCCAACGGAUGCACGUCCCUUGCUGCCUGGGGUCAAGGACCAUGCUAUACUUAUGGCCCUAUGUGCCCAACUUGGGGUCAAGAUGGUGGCGACAAUUCCGGCAAGUCCAACAAGAGCGGCAAGUCCAACAAGAGCGGCAAGUCCAACAAGAACAAUGGCAACAUCGAGUGGUCCACCUAUGUCAAGCGAGACAAUACCGGUGCCAGCGAGUCAUGGUGGUAG